UCAUUCCAACUUUCAAAACUUACACAAACCCUGUGAACAUGAAGUUGGUACUUCUACUUCUCCAUCUUUCUUUGGCUUUUGCCCAGAAAGAUCCCAAUUUUGCAAGUGGUAGAUCUACAAUCGUCCACUUGUUUGAGUGGAAAUGGAACGAUAUUGCCGACGAAUGUGAACGAUUCUUGCAAUAUCAAGGAUACGGUGGUGUUCAGGUUUCUCCGGCAAGUGAAAAUCUGGUUAUUCCCGACCGUCCAUGGUGGGAAAGAUACCAACCAGUAAGUUACAUAGUCAACACCAGAUCGGGAGACGAAGCCGCCUUUCUUGAUAUGACGAGAAGAUGUAACGCUGUUGGUGUUAGAAUUUACGUUGAUGUCGUCCUGAACCACAUGACCGAAAGAAACGGAGUUGGAACCGCUGGUAGUAGCGCUGAUCGUGACGGUAGGAACUACCCAGCGGUACCAUACACCACUGACAACUUUCAUGGUGAAUGUAACAUCGACAACUGGCAAGAUGCUGCUAUGGUCAGAGACUGCGAACUCAAUCACCUCGUUGAUUUAGCUCAGGAUCAAGAUUCUGUUAGAAGCAAACUUAUAGACUACUUGAACCACUUGGUGGACUUGGGUGUGGCUGGUUACAGAGUCGAUGCUGCCAAACUCAUGUACCCCGACGACUUGGGUGUCAUUUUCUCAAGUGUCAAAAACUUAAACACUGAUCAUGGUUUUCCUGACGGCGCUAGACCUUUCGUUUACCAAGAAGUGAUCGAUUUUAAUGACGAUGCUGUCAAAAAGUACGAAUACAUUGGCAUUGGUAAUGUGCUGGAAUUUUUGGCUGGUGUCAAUUUGGGCAAUGCGUUCCAAGGGGGUAAUCAAUUAGCAAGUUUGCAAAAUUGGGGUACCGACUGGGGGCUUCUGGAGAGUUCCGACGCUGUAGUCUUCAUCGACAACCACGAUAAUCAAAGAACUGGAGGAAGCCAGAUUCUCACCUAUAAAAAUCCUAAACCCUACAAAAUGGCGAUAGCUUUUCUUCAGGCGCACCCAUAUGGUACGACACGUGUAAUGUCGAGUUACUACUUCGAUAACAAUGAUCAAGGGCCUCCGCAAGACGGUAAUGGUAAUUUGAUUUCUCCUACUAUAAAUGAUGAUAAUACUUGCGGAAAUGGUUACGCGUGCGAACAUAGAUGGCGAGAAAUUUACGCCAUGGUAGGGUUUAGGAACACCGCUGAGGGUACUGGUAUCGAGAACUGGUGGUCUAAUGGUGCCCAACAAAUUGCAUUUAGUAGAGGAAAUAGGGGAUAUGUCGCUUUUACAAUUGACGGAGAUCUUAACCAACAUCUUAACACCGGACUUCCGGCUGGGACGUACUGUGAUGUCAUUUCUGGAGAUCUUAUAAAUGGAGCGUGUACUGGAAAAAGUAUUACGGUGGGAGAUGAUGGCUAUGCGGAUAUUUAUAUCGGUAUAGAAGAAAUGGACGGAGUUGUGGCUUAUCAUGUUAAUGCUAAAUUGUGAAAUGGUUCGGUUUUUUUACUGAAACCUAUAUACUAAAGAAAAAUCAAGUGUUGAUUACUUGAUGUUAUCUACAAUAUAUAUAUUAUAAAAAUGCAGUUAACUAUUUUGUUUUGUCAUGUCUUAUCUUGUUGUCAGUGUGUUUUGAUGAUAAUAAUAAAAUACAGUUGAUGCA